AUGUCUUCGACAAAUGGUAGUAGUGAUUUACGAGUGACAAUUGCAUUAACUGAACGUGAUGCUGUUAAACUUAUUCUUGAUUUUCUUCAACAACGUGAACUUUAUAUUAGUAUGCUUGAUAUAGAACGUGAAACAGGUAUUAUUAAUGGAUCUUAUUCAGAAGAUAUACUUUUUUUACGACAACUUAUUUUGGAUGGACAAUGGGAUGAUGUUAUUGAUUUUAUUCAACCAUUAAAAACAAUUGAUUCAUUUGAUGCUAAACAAUUUAUUUAUAUUGUUUUAAAAUAUCAAUUUUUAGAAUUAUUAUGUUUAAAAACUGAAGCACAAGUUGAAAAUGAUUCAGCAGUUGAACAAAUAGUCAAAUUUCUUAAUGAUUUACGACCAUUUGCACCAAAUGAACAAGAAUAUAAAAAAUUAUCUUUUUUACUUACACUUAAACGUUUACAAGAUCAUACGGAUUAUAAUAAUUGGAAUCCAAGUGCUGGACGUGUACAAUGUUUUCAUGAAAUUUUUCCACUUGUUCAUCGAUUUUUACAAGUAGAUAAACAAACAACUCCAAUCGCUCAAGGUGAUCGUCUAAUUCAAUUACUUAUUAAAGGUCUUCUAUAUGAAUCAUGUGUUGAACAUUGUCAAGCACGUGCAACAAAUACAGAUGAAACAAUUGAUCUUAAAAAUCCAAAUUGUUUAUUAUUAAAUACACGUUUAUCUGAUACAGAUGUUUCACUACUUUCAUGGUUACAUGCAUUACCAACUGAAACAUUUUCAUGUCCAUUUGAACAAAAAUCAUUAAAAGUAAAUAUUGAUAAAUUACAAAAACCUAUACUUGAAGCAACAUGGGCUGAACAUGUAUUAAGUACACCAUUUAAACCUCAAACAAUGUUUCCAUUUAAUGCUACACCAACAGGUAAACCACGUUCAACAGAAUUAAUGUCACGUUCAUUAGCACCUCAAUAUGAUGGUUUAUCAUAUGGUCUUAUACGUUCACAAAUAGUAGGAGAUUAUAAUCGUAAUUUUGUUAAUGAUAUGAGUCGUUCAUUAGCUAUAUGUAAUUUAAAAGAUAAUGGAAUAAAUAAUACAAUAACAUCAACAAUUUUACCAACAGUUGAAGAAGUUCUUUAUGAAGAAACACCACCACCAUUAACACCACCACGUACAUUAUCACCACCACGUACAUUAUCUCCACCACGUACAUUAUCACCCGUAAGAAAUAAAAUAUCUCCACAAAAUUCUCAACGUUCACAAUCACCAUUCAAACGUAAUCAAACAAUAUCAGCAUCAUCAUCAUCAUCAUCGUCAUCAAAUAAACAAACAAAUGGUAAAAACAUAAAUGAAAAUAGUAAUCGUUCACCAAAUGCUGAUUCACCAGCAGACCGUUUACUUAAAGAAUAUCAAAAAGGUCGAGCAGAAAUCAUAAAACAUUUUGAUGAACAAGAAUUUCAAAAAAAUGAAUUACAAAAACAAAUUACAACAAAUCCAAAAAUACGUGCUAUUAAUGAUGUAACUAAAUAUGAUUCACUUGAAGAUAUAACACGUUCACCAGCAUUUAUACCAUUAGCAUCUAUUGAAGAUGUUCAAGCAAUUCGUUCUGUUGAUAUACAUCCAACUGGCAAAUAUUUUGCUGUUGGUUCAAAUUCUAAAAUGCUUCGUGUUUGUGCAUAUCCUGAUAUAAAAAAUAUUCGUACAGAUUCAGUACCUAAUCAAGCUAAAGUUUUAUUUAAAAAGGGUAAACAUCAUUUGGGAAGUAUUUAUUGUAUGGGAUGGUCACCAAGUGGAAAAAUAAUUGCAACUGGAUCAAAUGAUAAACUUAUUAAAAUUCUACGACUUGAUAUGGAUAGACCAGAAGAUAAUUCAAAUAAUACGGAAAUUGAAUUAACACAUCAUAAUGGAACCGUUCGAGAUCUUGUUUUUAUGCAUGAUAAUUUAAAAGAUGAUUCCAUUUUAUUAAGUGGUGGUGCAGGUGAUUGUAAAGUUUAUGUUACAGAUAUAAAAAAACAAACGCCUAUUAAGAGUUACAUUGGUCAUCAAGGUUAUAUAUAUUCAUUAUUCACUUGGGAUGCAUGUAAUUUUGUCUCAGCUAGUCAAGAUGGUACAUCACGUUUAUGGGAUAUUCGUCAACCUGAUUGUAUCAAUGUAAUUGCACCUCGUCCUUCAAACAGUGCCGUAGCAUCUGUUGCUAUUGAUAGUUCUGGACAAUUAUUAGCAGCCGGUUAUGAAGAUUCAUCAUGUUUACUUUAUGAUCUUCGUGGAAAACGUACUGUACAAGUUUAUCAACCACAUUCAAAUGAAAUUCGUAGUGUUCGAUUUUCUAUACAUUCAUAUUAUUUACUCACAGCUUCAUAUGAUAAAAAAGUUGUCAUGACAAGUUUAAAUGGUGAUCUUACUAAACCACUUGUUUUAUCAACUGUUGCUGCACAUAAUGACAAAAUAAUUCAAGCACGAUGGCAUCCACAUGAAAUGUCAUUUGCAACGACAAGUGCUGAUCGUACAUGUAUUGUUUGGGCUCCACCUCUUUCAGCUUUAUCGACUCUCGCUCAAUCGCCAUAA